UACAAGGGCAAAUAGCUCCCCCAAAUCCCCCAGAGCCAGGCUAUGGUGUUUUCCUCCCCACUGUGGCUCGUGGAAAGAAGAUGGGAGGAGAGAUUCCAUUUUAAAGCAGAUGAUUUUAGCUGAAGGGAAGGCUCCAUCCUUCUUACUGCACAUGCAACCAGCCAAACGUGUAAUCAGAGCAGCUCAAAAGCUGAGCAUCCUGCCAGCGCUAGCUCCUUGCACUGGCGGCUGCUGACUUUGGCUUUUCUCCUUCCCCCCUUUUUGCUUUCUUCAAGAUUAAUCCUUUUAUUUGCAAUCUCAACCGCUGACAAUUCUUGUCAAUAAAUGAGGAAGCAUCAUGCUGACCAGUAUCGCCGAUGGAAUCAUGUGUUGCCUGAUGGGCAAGACAACCAACGCAGUGGGGCCCGUAGACAGCGUUGAGUCCAGCGACGGCUACAGCUUCCUGGAGGUGAAGCCUGGGAGAGUCCUGCGGGUGAAACAUGCCCUGCCCACCCGCUGGCCCGAGGAGGGGCCCAAGGAGGGGCCCGAGCGUGGCAUGGUGCACUGUAAGCGCAAGAUCACCCUCUACCGCAACGGGCAGCUGGUGAUCGAGAACCUGGGCGAUGCUAUCCGCUCCGAGCUCCUGCACUGCCAGAAUGGCCCUGUGGAGCCCCAAAGCACCAUGGAACUGGAGCUCUCAGAUGUUGCCGGCAAUGCCUCCACCCAGGGCACUGCUGCCAACCCAGGCUCCGGCACCCAGCAAGCUCCAGUGCCCGGCAGGCGCCGGAAGCGCAAGCCCAAGAAGGUUGUCAACAUCAACUGCAAGAAGCAGAUCAGCAGCUGCAAGGGGACGCAGAAUGACGUGGUGCUGUUCUUCAUCCACGGCGUGGGCGGCUCCCUGGACAUCUGGAAGGAGCAGCUGGACUUCUUCAGCAAGCUGGGCUACGAGGUGGUGGCUCCGGACCUGGCCGGCCAUGGCUCUAGCUCCGCCCCACAGAUCGCGGCCGCCUACACCUUCUACGCCCUGGCCGAGGACAUGAGGGCCGUCUUCAAGCGCUAUGCAAAGAAGAGGAACAUCCUGAUAGGCCACUCGUAUGGGGUUUCCUUCUGCACCUUCCUAGCCCACGAGUACCCGGACCUGGUCCACAAGGUGAUCAUGAUCAACGGGGGUGGCCCCACUGCGCUGGAGCCCAGCCUGUGCUCCAUUUUCAACAUGCCAACCUGCAUCCUUCAUUGCCUGUCCCCCUGCCUGGCCUGGAGCUUCCUCAAGGCUGGCUUCGCUCGCCAGGGUGCCAAAGAGAAGCAGCUGCUCAAGGAAGGCAACGCCUUCAACGUCUCCUCCUUCGUCCUGCGGGCCAUGAUGAGUGGCCAGUACUGGCCGGAGGGCGACGAGGUCUAUCACGCCGAGCUCACCGUGCCGGUGCUGCUGGUGCACGGCAUGCAUGACAAGUUUGUGCCAGUGGAGGAGGAUCAGCGGAUGGCCGAGAUCCUGCUGCUCGCGUUCUUGAAGGUGAUUGACGAGGGCAGUCACAUGGUGAUGAUGGAGUGUCCGGAGACAGUGAACACCCUGCUCCACGAGUUCCUCCUGUGGGAGCCCGAGACGCCCGUCGGGGAAGGGCGAGAAGUGGAGAAGAAAUAAGCCAGGCAGCGAGUGGUGACCCG